AUGAUUUCACCAAAUACGUUAUUCAUAAAAAAAAUCAGAACUUUUCAGUCCUUAAAAUCCCCCGAUCACAUUCUCACCAGCUACCAUUUACCCCAUACUUUCUCACACUCAUAUUGCGCUACUACUACCGAAAUGGAUCCAUCAAAAACAACCGAUCCAGCAGAAAUUACACCGAAAUUGGAUCCAAUGGACUCCUCAGAACAUGGGAAAGCCAGUACAUCUUCUAAUGAGCCAGCAGAGCCCGUUGCUGACCAAUCAGAGGCCUCGCUGACGUCAUCGUAUGUUCCAAUCGAGAAUCUGACCGCUAUUCAGCUCAUAGACGAACACAAACAAUUCAAUGAAAGUGUCUUGGAGUAUAUUGGAGGCACAGGUGUGUCUGCCACUGGCGAGCACCGGAUCGUGGCUGUUUUCGGGUCUCAAUCGACUGGAAAGUCCACUCUCUUAAACCACUUGUUCAACACCAAUUUUGGUGUUAUGGAUGAGGCUAGUAGACAGCAAACCACCAAGGGAAUCUGGUUGGCCGUGAGUCCUGGCGUCAGCUGCACUGACGAGCGGAAGGCGGGCCCUACAGAUGAUAAGAUCGUAGUUAUGGAUGUUGAAGGUACAGACGGAACUGAGCGUGGAGAGGAUCAAGAUUUCGAAAGAAAGGCUGCUCUCUUUGCGUUGGCCACCAGUGAAGUCCUUAUUGUCAACUUGUGGGAGACUCAGGUGGGCUGGUACCAAGGUGCUAACAUGGGUUUAAUCAAGACAGUAUUCGAGGUAAACUUGUCGCUUUUCGGCCGCAUUAAGCUUGAUUCCGCAAGUGACCAUAAGGUGUUGCUUUUGUUCGUCAUCAGAGAUCAUACUGGUGUCACCAGCAAGGAAUCACUUUCGGCUACUUUAACUAGAGAUUUGCUUAAGAUCUGGGAUAGUCUCAACAAGCCCGCCGAAUUGGCACAAUUACGCUUUGAAGAUUUCUUUGACUUGGCUUUCCACACCUUAAGCCAUAAAAUCUUCCAGAAUGAUGCUUUCGUAUCGGAUGUGAAGCUAUUAGGGGACCGCUUUGUCGACACCAAAAACCUGGACUAUUUGUUCAAGCCCAACUAUUGCCACAACAUUCCAAUCGAGGGGUGGACCAUGUAUGCUGAGAGCUGCUGGGAACAAAUCGAUAGCAACAAGGAUCUUGAUUUGCCAACACAACAGAUCAUGGUAGCACGCAUCAAGUGUGAGGAGCUUGCUUCGGCUAGUUUCACGGAGUUUGAGCAGACAUACGCCAUUUUGUACUCUGAAGCGCAAAAGGCCUCAGAAUCUCAGGUUCCCUUGAACUAUGUGCAUAUCGGCCAGGCAUUGGUUGCUGCACACUUGGGGGCUCUUUCGGACUACGACAUUGGCGCUUCGAAAUACAACCAGGAUGUCUACACUCAUAGACGCGAGCUUUUGUCCGAAAAGGUUCUCGCAAAGCUCCAGAACAUAGUCCUGCUUUAUGCGGAGCUGCUCACGGCCUCCACAGUGUCAGAAUUCGAGGCCGCCUUAACUAAGCGCACUAAAUCGAUUACUUUAGUCGACGCCAUUGAAGCUGCAAAAAAAUCCUUUGUUGCCGACUACAAACGUGACUUGGAACUUCUUUCAGUCGAGGGACAAAUCCCAACAGAUUCUUAUACCGAACGCCUACAAGCAGAGCUUCAGAAGAUUGAGGGCGAACAGAAAAUUGCAGAGGUCAAUGCUUUGGUGAAUAAGUACCUCAGAAAGCUCCAGACGUCAUUGAACAGCGCUGUUCAAUCUGAAAUCAGCAAAGCCUCUGAAGAAACCUGGGACAAUAUCAAGGAACGCUAUGAGAAUCUGCAAAAGACUCUCUUGAGCAAAGUCCGAAAUUCAGACGGUAAAUACGAUUUUGGAAUUGGUAGCGAGUCUCCUGUCACAGAAAUCGCUAGCCAAACAAUCGAGUACAAGUCCUGGGAGACGCUUCUGGCUGCCAUUGCCAAGUUUACAUCCAAAGAGAAUUUGUUCAAUGUAUUGAAGGAUCGCUUCGAUGAGAAAUUCGGAUACGAUGCAAAUGGGAACCCAAGAGUGUACCUGAACACAACUGAACUUGAGUCUUCGUUCGUAGCCGCCAAAAACGCCGCGGCGCUGGUGCUCCCCAAUUUAUCUACAGCUAUUCUUUCCGAUGGUAACAAAUUUCAGCCCACGGUGAAUCUUAACAGUUCGUUUUUGAGAAGAAAGUUUGAGAGCGUUGCUUCCGCACUCAAAGCUGGAGCUGGAGCCCAGGAAGACGAAAGCGACAGCGAAGAUGAAGAGAACGAAAGAAACUUCAUUGAAGUCGUCUCGGAAGACGAUCAACAAGAAGUGUUGCGCAAGUUUAAGAGAGAGACUGACGCCAUCUUUGUAGCCCGAAAGGGCGCCAUUGUACAGAGCCGCACACAGAUCCCCUACUACAUCUACUUGGUGAUCUUGGUGCUUGGUUGGAAUGAGUUCAUGGCUGUCAUCCGCAAUCCAUUCUUCUUCUCGUUGCUUCUUGUGUUUGGAGCCGGCGCGUAUCUCAUGUACCAGACCAAUCUUCUUGGACCUGCCUUGAUUGUGGGUAAAAGAAUGGUGGAUGAGUCUGUCAACAUGGCCAAACAAAAGCUCCGGGAGUUUGUGAUCGAUGACCACCAGACACAUGGCCACAACUUGAAGAAGAUGGCCAGCAAAGAGGCCAUCGAACUCGAUGAUUUGAGUGAAGACGGAACGAGAAAGGAGGAUUAA